AGUCAGGGGCCAAAAACUUUUCUACUGGUGUCUUUUACAAGUUUACAUUGCAGUUUUCUGUUUCAUACAUCCAUGAUAUUACUGAAGUUAUUGCAAGACACUUUGAGAGCCAAGUGUCUGUGCAUGUGACUUUGAUUAACCACAGAGUUGGUGUUUCUGUAAAGAUUAAGUGUUUUUAACAAAAGCAGACUAUGUCCAGUGCUUGGCUUUGCUGAUACAACAACUUAGUGGUUAUUGGAUUUGAGUCACAUACACUUUCUUUCUGAUGAGUCUCAAAGUGAAGUAAAAGUCAAAGAACACUAUGACAGAUAAGUAAUUUUCUUGCACACAAUGGCAGCCAAUUUACCUACAAUAUUGAGAGUCCCUUCAAACCUAAGUGACUUUUAUUGUGUGAUAACGGAUAUUAAUUUGCUAUUGGGAAAUGCAAUUUUGUGUGUCUCAGCUAUUCCUGUGAACUCUAUCAUUCAACAGCUACCAGAAACGAUGGUGUCACGUUUUUUUUCCUACUUGUAUUCCGACAAGCUCCGCCUUCUGCGCUAUGAUUGGACAGUAGUAUAAGCUACCAGCCUAUCACCACACAGUUUGUGUGAAUUGUGAAUUACUAGUCAAUCAUCGUGCACGAACCGUUAUGCUGUCAACCAAUCCUGUUUUAGUAUAGUAAGCGGGAUACUAUCAGCCAAUCACAGCACGAGGGGCGGGGCUUGUCAGAAUACAGGUGGGGGGAAUAAAAGUCGCACUCAUGAGCUCCGCUGCUCGAUGUGCCUCAGGCUGCUUGGGUAACAGGUUGUUCAGUGAAACGGCGCUACAGCUUUAAACGAGGAGCUCUCGCUCUCUCUCUCUCUCUCUCUGUCUGUCUGUCUGUCUGUGGGUGUCUCUCUCUCUCUCUGUGGGUGUCUCUCUCUGUCUGUCUCUCUCUCUCUCUCUCUCUCUCUCUCUCUCUCUCUCUCUCUCUCUCUCUCUCUCUCUCUCUCUCUCUCUCAGCGCUAGUAGACUCGCUGUCCGGCACGCCGUCUGUCAGUCCGUUGGUCAUGAACUUUUCCGUGCGAAACGCUUCUUGUCCUCUAAGCUCUGGAGCUGACCGGGUUUGCCGGCUCUCUCGGCUCAGUUAGCUGAUGCAGCCUGGCGGUUCAGAGCAACUUUGGGCGAAUCGAGGAUCUGCGUGGAUGAUCUGCAGAAAUCAGGAACUGAACUUCACCACAUCGGCGGAGAGUGGCUGGUUCUCCUGGAGCUCCGGCUGCCCCUCUUUAGCAUGGGGAACCACGGAGACAAGCCCGCUCCCCUGACUUACGCCGAGGUCCCCACGACUGAUCCGGAUCCAGGAGAGGACACCCCGAGGAUUGGCGUGUCUUAUGUUUUCGCCACGGAUGACGACGACGACGAGGAGGAGGACCAAGACCAGGACCGCGACGAGCAUGGAGAGGAGAAGGGGGCCUGGCCGGAAGGAGAGCACAGGAGGCGGGACGAUGAGCUGCCGUGCGCCGUGUUCCACCGGGAGGAGUGUGUGUAUGAGAAAAAGAGUCCAGCUGAGACUUUGGCUCCAGAGCAGUUGCUCCACACCUGCAGGCCAGGGGAUCUGGUGGAGUUUGUGGCUGCUGGGCAGUACCCUCAUUGGACUGUGUAUGUUGGAGGGUCCCAGGUGGUCCACCUCCACCGAGCUGAAGUAAAGAGCAGUUUCCUGGGUCAAGCCAGCCAGGGCAGAAGAGGCAGGGUGGUCAAUGAGGUCUACAGGUUUAGACCCCUCAGCCCGGAUGCGGUGGUACAGAAAGCCUUGGAGCAGGUAGGCAUCACAGGCAGAGAUCUAAGCUGGAGGAACUCUGAGUGUUUCGCUGCCUGGUGCAAGUUUGGCAGGAGGGAGUUCAAGAUGGGAGGGGAACUGAGGAUAGGCAAGCAGCCGUACAGGUUGAAGCUGCACUUGCCGGGCAAGCAGUGCCAUGUGCUGGAGUUUCAGAGUUUGGAGGACUUGAUCAUGGAGAGGAGGAGGAACGAUCAGAUUGGUAAAGUUGCUGUGAUCCAGGAACUGGCUAGUCAUUUAAAUCAUGAAGGAGGAGGCAGGGGUGAAGCAAAGGGUCAUUGACCUUAGCCCUGAAACGUGGACCAUUUAUGCAGAGUGCUUCACUUGCCUGAGGUGAAUCUGGCCAUUUCGAGACGGAUGGAGAGAUGAGGAUAGUUAAGUGACUGUCCAAAUUGAAGCCGCUCUUGUCGGGAAAGAAGUGCCAUGUGCUGGAGUUUCACAGUUGGAAGGACUUGAACCAUGACGGAGUAAACUGAGGUGAAACAAAAAGGUCACUGUCCUGAAUUUUGGACCUCUUUGUUGCUUUGAAAUUUUGGGUCACCUCCUAUGUUUCAAUCUCAGAAUUUCUGCUAUUUUCAGAACAUGUUUCACCCAAUCAAGUUCACUUUGAUCUGAUGAAGGUAAAAGUGUUGGUUUCAAGAAAGUCUAUGGUUCUAUGCUCUGUGUUUAUUUCAUUGCUGUUGAGCCUCAUGAUGAUUCUCAAAAAGUAGUCAGGAUGUGGUUUAGCCAUACUAUGCCUUUGAAAAACAAAUGGUAGUUGAAUGGUAUAUUAAAUUUUUCCAGAAAAAUGGCUCAGCAUCAUUGUAACUUAAAGUACUUGCAAAUGAUCUUGUUUUAAAGCAUCAAUGACCACACAACAUGAACUUUGCUAAUGAAACAAUUUGUCUGUUUUGUUGACUUGAAAAUGCAAAUGUAGCAUGAGGCCUUGGGGUCUUAAUAUGCAGCAUUUCGUUUUUAGGUCAGAAAGGUCUUUUGUGACAGUCUCUCAAAUGCUGGGUCAAACAGUUUAUUUAUAAUGUGACCUUAUUUUUCUAAUGUGUGCGUGUCCCCCUGUGUUAGAACAUUUUUCGAAUUCCAAAUACAGCAGCUUCACAGAAACACAUUAUUUCUUAGGUCUGAAGUGUUCUAACCAUUAUGUUCAGGCAGAGUGAGUAACAUGCAGUAGGCUGAUGUGUAGAAGUCAGAAGUUGUUUCAUUUCCUUAAUUGCCAUUAUGUUAUUAAUUUUUCAUCAUCAGGAAAAAAAACAUGCAAAGGAACAAUGUUUAUCAGAAGGUUACACAGACUAAAUAAAAUACAGAUUUUUCAGUA